AUGUCAUCUGCCGGUGUUAUUGUGGCUCUCCCGGAGCACAUGAUGUCCUUUCAACUUAGUGGUCUCCAGACAUUGGUUGACAACAAGUUGCCCGAAGCAAGGCGAAUGAUCAAAAUUCAUGAUUGGAUGCAGACAGUUUGCCGUGAUGUUUUGGACGAAUGUGAUUAUACACUUGCUCCUCGGACACAACUCAUUUACCCUAGCGGCACGCAGUGCACAGUUGAUGGCCACCCUCAUAGAUGGCAAACUGCAGAGAAACUACUAGAACUCGUCUCGGGUCACAUUUGGGGACUUUGGCAAAGAUACCCUGGAAGUAUCGAGGUGAUUCAACGCCCUAAAGGCGGCUUCCCAAUCGUUUACUUCCUACGCAAAGAUGCAGAGGAAGCUUUGUUAUCCUAUUUAGUUAGGGACAUCAUCGACGGUCGAACUUCUGUAAUCCCCGUCCAAGGUUGUUGCCGUUCCGAAAUUAUGGACAUCAAAACCUUCAUUUCAGAAGUGUCGAUAUCCCCUAAGACUGUUAAGCGAGUAUCAUCUUUAUUCCCUGAUAACUCAGCUGCAAGACAAAAUAUCUAUCUGUUGCGUGGGCUUCUAGUUCAUCGCAUAUUACUAUUAACCCUCAAGAAGCGUUGGAAUGUUCAGUACGGCCUUCACCCCUUGCGAGAUCCUAUCGCAGUCCCGUUUAUUGCAAAGGGUGUUCCAUCUGAACAAGCUGAAUGGGGACAUCCUGACGUCGCUAUACUCUUUACUUGUUUGGCAUUCUAUCUUAGUGGCUUGGAGCUUUCGCAAAUGAGGCAGUGCCUUGAUGAUCUAAUGAAAUCUAGUGACCCGUCGACCGUAUAUGAACAAUGGAUUACCAAUUCGGAGACACUCCCUAAAAUUUUUCAAGAUUGGAACUCAAUAAACACGGAGGAUGAAUCCCAAGUCUAUCAACUUUGGGUCCACCUUCGCUACCAAAUGCCCGUCAUCAACUAUUUCCUAAACCAGUUUGUGUUUCCAAAACAUGCAAAGCAAUUCAAAGUGAAACUGCAGGCUUCAGGAUGGGAUAUUCCAUUGUCAUCACCUCACGCAAAUCUUGGAACAAUUACAACAGGGUUUAGUGGGACGAAUGACAACCGUACCAUUCUUCCAUUGACAAUCAAACAACAAGACCUUAGCUCACUAGCACACACAAAUGCUGAAGUCCUAACUUUUGUUCUUCGGGCCCGUAACUACGUUGUUGCUAAAUAUGCUGAGGGGAAGCGUUUGACAGAAAAGGGGCUCCUCGCUCUUUUGAAGCGUAUGGAGAUACGCAUAUUGAUUGAUGCAGGUGCCCAAAUACUGGAGAUGGAUAAUUUGAGCCUAGCAAAAGAGUGGCUAAAAGUGGACCCUAGCGCCCCGGCAGCGAUGUAUUUCAACUCUGAGAACAAGCCUUAUAUUAUAUAUCGCAACGGCUAUCGGAUUCCUCUUCUAGCUUCACCUUAUGCAGAGAACCUGGCGGACUGCCUUGUGUAUCUUGAUGAGGCCCAUACCCGAGGAACAGAUCUAAAGAUUCCAGCAGGUGCCGUUGGGGCCCUUACACUGGGACUAGGGCAAACGAAAGACCACACAGUACAAGCUGCCAUGAGGCUAAGACAGCUUGGUACUACACAGUCGGUUACAUUUUUCGCUCCCCCUGAGGUUCAUCACAGCAUACUCGAUUCUCGGAAUCUCCCAGCCUCUGCUUCUGUGACAGCUGCUGACGUUAUCUACUGGCUUUUGAUCCAAACCUGCAUUGGAAUCGAGCAAAUACAGCCCUUAUACUUCUCACAGGGGAUGGAUUUCUGCCGUCGGAGGCAAGCUGCUGUGGAUACCCCUAAAUAUUUGACCGACCAGACCCAACGGCAGCAAUAUUGCAAAGCUCUCCAUCAAGAGGAAAUGCAAACUUUGCAAGAGCUUUUCAGGCCAAUUGCAAAGGUGAAGUCAAAGGCUGCCGUCGCUUCCUAUGCCCCUGAUAUUGCAACACAUGUCAAGGUCCUUGAGCACCGAAAGAAAGGAUUUCAGGAUUUUGGAGAUGCUGUUCACAGCUCCGCCCUACAGGAAGUAGAACAAGAACGGGAGGUUGCAUAUGAAGUUGAAGCCAUUCGAGAAGUUCAAAAAGCCCCGCGUUUCAAGGCACUAAACUUCCCCGGCCUUCACGAAGAUAUUGAAUUAUUUUGUCGUACUGGGACACUGACAAGUUAUUCCUCAGCGUUCCAGCAAGCGUUUACUGCUUUGAGAAACACCGGAAUCGGUCAGAAAUAUGGUAUAAACUCAUGCGCUACUUCGUCAAAGUUGUUUCUCUCCAGAGAAUUUUUCAAGACCGUGCGGUUACCUGUUGGCGAGUAUAACGAUGGCUACAUACGUCAAAUGAAUUGGAUAUUAUGGAAUCCCACCACAGAAGCUGCCCUUGUCAUCAUUCCUGAAGAAGCAGAGCUACUGAUUCCACUUCACCAAAACGCAAAACACCUUCACACUCGGCUAUUGACCUACGCUGCUCCUGUAACCCGUGGAAUGCUACACUUUAGCAAUUUGGAUUUUUACUCCAUGCCACCAUUGCCUGAAAAUUGGAAACCACCCUCCUGGCUUACCAUUGAACUUGGGAUCUUAGCUGGUCGGGUAUACUUUGAGUAUUCCGAGUACGAGCCUAUCUGCCACUAUUUUGGGCUUACAAGCUCACCGGUCGAAACUGUUCCAAGCUAUGAGGAAAACGACAUGGCAUCCAAGGUACCAACUCAAGACAUGGAUGGAGAGAAUGUUAUCCAGACCAACAAUCCUACCUUUACUCCCAAACCACUGUCUUUCCUCCAGGAGUGGCUAGCUCUGAGGCGAAAGGGCCAGGAUUUUAGCAACUCGCCAAUGGGAUAUAUAUGCCAGGGCAAAACACUAAAUGAAAGGAGUCCUUUUUUCUCUUCAGACAGAGAUAUUCAAGUGAAUGUUCCAAAGCUCAAAGCUACGGAUCACAGCUCUGAUGAUGGUAAUGUCGAAAGUCCUGAAGCGAGCGACUACGAACCAGAAUAUACUGGCGAUCAAAGGCGAGAAUCGACCGGGAAACGGGAAAUAUUUAUGGAUGACAGCAGUGAAAGCGACUACCAAAACCGCAUUGAGUGA